AUGGCAGCAGCGGCGCUCGUGUUUACUCGUCUCCAGAUCCAGAGAGGAUCCUGCUUGGCCCACCAGAUUCUGAUUCAGGGUCCUCCUCCUCCGCCUCCUCCUCCUCGUCGCCCAUCCCUGGCUGCCAAGUCUUGCCAAAAGCUGCGGUGGGUUGGGGGGGUGGGGUGGAGGGGAUGUGACCGCCCUCUUUCGCGCUCGCCUGGCCAUCCCUGCAGCUGGCAGGGACCUCCCCGCUCUCGCAAGGACAUCCGAGGCAAUGUUGACGAGGCUCAGCUCGGCUCGCUCCUCAACUAACUGUCAGCGUGGGUCGCCUGGCGAGGAGUCAGCCAAACACAGCAGCCUCCUCGCGAGGCGCGGGCGGCGCCGGGAGGUGCUGCUGUUGCUGCCGCUGCUGUUGCCGUCGCCUAGUCAAGCUGGGGAGAAACUAGACCCCCCAUCCCGCUCCUCCAACUGCCCCCCUCCAUUUCUUCUGGAGCACUUUGACCCUCAGGGAUGGAGAGGCACCAUCUAAGCUCCUAGUGGCUCCAGCUGCCCGGGAACAAGCCAGGGACCUCUUGGCCGUCCGGGGAGGGAGGGAGUGGGGGACCCCACGCAGCCUCGGUGAUCCGGAGGAAGCGUCCCACGUCGGGGAUCGGAGCUUUCCUCCUGCCCAACGCCUGAUGUGCUUUCUGCAGGCGCUUCUUCUCCUCCUCCUCCUCGGACGUGUCUCCACCAGCCGAGGGGCAUGGCUGGCUGACGCGACCCUCCCGUGGACCAGCAGCUUGCUUGACCAGCUUAGACAAUUGGGGGGGAAGUGGGGGAGGGGAAGGGGGUAAGGAGGAGGGCUGUGGAGCACCUCGGACCACCUGUCAGACCCUCCUCGGAUCCGGAGUCCCCCUGGGAUCGAGGGAGAGCUCGCUUUGCACUUGGGGGGUCGUGGGGGUUGCCUUAUGGGAGACGUGGAGGAAAAGCGGGAUAUGCCUUGCAGCGCGCGGAACUGGGAAUAAGGAACAGCCAACAGAGGGAAAAAGAAGAGAAUACCCGUGGUUGCUCUCCCUCACCUCAGAUACCUCCUCCUCCCCUUUGCCUGAACAUCUCCUGCAACCUCUUCCUCCUCCUCCUCCUCUGGGUCUGCUGCAAUUUCUCCCCUCGCUUGGCUGCGCUGCUCGGAUCAUGUCCGCUAAGCUUCUGGUGGGCUUCUUCCUCCUGUCCGUUUUCCAAGCCUGGUAAGUUUCAUCUGGCGCGCUUCUCCUAGCCUAGUUUCAUCUCCGCGCUUCUUUCUCUCUCUGUCUCUCCCCCUCCCUCUUUCUUGGAAUGUCCGUGUCCGAAAAAACAACCAUCUCCAGCUGCCCAAAAUAACGUUAUGAUGACAACAGUUUUUGGGGGGUGGGUCGCUCUCCUCCACAGCCGUGAUUUUCUCCCCAGCUGGGAAGAGGAGCCGUGAAAUAGACCAGCUGCGAGCAACUCAUAGACACACACUGUCACUUUGUAAGCCCAGAUGCUGCUCCUUCCAUCCACGCAUCCUCUUUCCCCUUUCCAAGGCUCCAGAAAUCGCUAGUGGUCGUCCUCUGGAGUCUCUCUCAGUCCCAAGCCCCCUCUCAGUCCCAAGCCCCUUCGUUCGUCCCCACCCAUUGCAAAAAAAGGGAAGAAGUUUGCUCUGCACUUUGUAGGGAAUCUAAAGCGAGCCUUCCUCGCAAAGCUAGGUUUCUGACAGCCCAAAGCAGGCUCUGUCUGCAGGGGACGAGAUUCCCCAAGUGGUUUGUGUCUUAAGUGGCACCCUCGUAUUUUAAAAGAAGAUCCACUUGCGAGCGAUUUGGGUGGCGCCGCGGUGAGAUCCAAGGUUUGACGCUCACUCACCCGGGUCAAGAUUUGGGGGCGAACGACGGCUGAUCUUUAAACAUGCGAGUCGAGGACCAAGACAGGGAGAAAUUGAUCAAGGCAAUUAGCCUGAUUAGCCCGCUUUUGUUUCUCCGCAGCUGAUCUGGGGAAUGUCUUGCGAGGCUCAUUUCGUUAGACGGAUCAAAGCGAUUGCCUAAAUAUCUUGUCCGGGAUUAUCCAGAGAGAUGGUUUCCUUUGAUAAUCAUAUUAUACCGGGUUACGAUAAUGCCUCGGUAAUAAUCGUGUCACAAUCCGUUCUGGAAAAUGCCGGCACGGUCAUUCAGAGAGCGAUCUGCUUGCCCUGCUCGGGGUGCUUUUAUUGGGAUCCCUUCUGCCGCUUCUUUGCCAUCUCUCUCCUCGCAGAAAUAAUUCUGCUAAACUUCAGCUAACGGGCAGGAUGUCAAUCAAAGUUAACUCCUUUGCAGUUGCACCACGUUAUUGGGGAAACCCACAAUACACCUUCUGCUUUCCCUUACCAGUAACUUUACAGUAUGAAUCUAUGGUUUCAUCAUUCCUGUGGUAUCCACACACCUAUAAUGGUGGAGAAGUUCUGUUCCCCCUCUAAACUGUCCCCAAAUAAGACACCCCAGGGAUGCCUGCAACCUCUGAAUACAAAAUGAGGUGGAAAGCCUUUUCAUUCAUCUAGAAAGGCAUCCCAGAAUAACUGGACAACACUUUUUAAAAAAGUUUAAUCUAGUGUUUACAGAUACUGCAAAUGGCAAGCCCCAGCUUCCCCCUUCACUGCCAUCCAGGAGGGGAUGCCUCCUCCAAGAGAGCAACGUCAAAAGAUGGAGGCCUCUUGAUCCAUUACAGGAAGAAGGACCAAGUCUCUUGAGGCACCUUAAAAGGGAGGGGGACCUGGGGACCUUCAGCUGGCGUUGCAUUGCAGUUCCCAUCAUCCCUGACCAUUGGCCAUUGUGCCUGGGGCAGAGGAAACUUAAGAGUCCCAAAAGAUAUGGGGGGGGCAGAGAGUCCCUACCCACUCGAAGACUAAUGAGGAAGUGAUUAUGCUUGGCUCUAGUCAAGGAAAGGUUAUGGUGCAAUUUGUUGUGUUGAAGGUUCCACAAGACCCAGUUGCUCAUCCAGUCUCAGUCUCUCUCUCUCUCUCUCUCUCUCUCUCCCCCUCCCCCCCUCUCUCUCUCUCACACACACACAAUGCAGAUUUAUUUAUUUCACAUCAUUGACUAAAAUUGCUUUAAUCAGGUGACAACUGUACACAUUUUAUUAUGUCAUUUUGCCCUUUCUAACCCUUCCCAUCCUCUAAUAUGCAGUGAUAAAAUCACCCUGGCUUUAUUGAAUUGCUUUGGGGUUGGGGGAAAUGCUGAUGAUGUUCCCUUUUAGGGGAGAAAUUAGACGGUGGUGCAUCUGAAAAAGCUUCAGCCAAAGAUCAGUGUCUGGAGCAGUUACUUAGUCCCAGAUCCUUCCACAGUGUACAAUGUUGACUGGCUCUCAGAGCUUCCUAGCUUUGAUUUAGGAACCUCCGAAGCUGCCUUAUACUGAGUCAGAUCAUUGGCCCCAUCUUGACUCACUAUUGCCCUCACUGAUAGGCAGUGACUCUGGGGGGUUUCAGGUAGGGACUUUCCCUAUCCUGCUUGACAAUAGGACCUUCUACACGCACCAUUGCCUACUGAGCUAGGGCUCUCCCCUUCUUAGCAAGACCCAAGAGCCACUGGUGAGAUGGAAACCCUACUGUGUCCUGCAGCAGAUGUGCUAGUUCAAUGAGUGAAUAUUGCUCCACUUUAAUUCAAUAUUAUUGCACGGAAAGGAAACAACCCAUCUGCAAUGGUCGUACCAUUCAAGUGACCAUGGUGGCAUGGUGGAUGUUGUCUGAUCAGCCCUGUACAAAUGGUUCUGUGCAUUCCAUACAGUUGCCAAAAGGGAAUGCUUCUAUAUAUCAUCCUCAAGGAAAACAUGAAGCUCUCUUGAUACAGACUGUUGGUCCAUCUUAUCACAGGACUAUCUAUUUCAACUGGUUGCAGCUCUUCUAGAGCUUUGGGCAGAGAUGGGCAUUUCACUCAUCCGUUUAAUUUGGGGAUGGGGAACCCUUGACCUUCAUAUGUUGCUAGACUCCAAUUUCCAUCACCCCUGACCUUUGGCCAUGCUGGCUGCAGCUAAUGGGACUUGAAGUCCAGCAGCCUCUGAAGGGCUACAGGGUCCCCCAUCCCUACUAAACUGAAGCUCCCAGGGAUUGAACCAUUUGCAUGCAAAGUGUGUCUUCUCUGCCAUUCUGUAUUCUUUUUUUUAAGCAAUAAAUUCCCUGACAUAAGGAACUUGCCACCUAAAUUAACUUGAUCAUAGUUGUGUAUUGCUUCGGGCUCAACUAAAUUAGACACAUGCUUUUUGUUUUUCUUUUAUUUUCCUUCAAAGCAGCAGUCACGUGGGACUGUGACUGGGGAAAUUCGUCCUGAGGGAAGAGGUGUUCAGUCAUACUCCCAUCCCAUUUGCCCAUCAAGAGGAAAUCAUACAGACACCAUAUUGCUACAUUUGACUUGACUGGGCAAAUAGCAGCUUCAGAAGGGUGAUUCAGAUCAGCAGGUGGGAAAGGGUUAAACACCCCACCUCACAGCACCACUUUCUUAAUCAGAUUAGAAACCCCAUGCAACUGGUUUAACUAAAGAAAACACACACAUAAAAUUCUGAUUAAGGAUAUCCCAAGUCAGCUGCGGUAUAGCACUUACCUUCUGCUACUUUGUAAACAAGAGGCUGAGACUGUUGCUAAGAAUAAUGAUAGAGAUCUACAAGACACCCCACCCCACUUGAUUUGGUACUCUAGCUCAGAAGUGGAAGCAUGCAAACAAUUCAGGAUUCUUCCCCUCCAGUCUCUGUUCCAUCUCCUCACUCCACCCUUAGUUGGAUCCUGCAAAAUCUUUCUGGGUCUAAAUUCUACCAGAUCACACACCCUGCACAACUGAUGUCAUCUUGGAUUUUAAAAAAUAAAUAAAACCCCCAGGCCCCAACUCAUUCAUAACCUAAGUGCCCUGCUGAGUCCAGUCAAACAUCCUGCUUCCUGGAAGCCCAUAUGAAGACAACUCUCCCCAGCAACUAAAAUUCGGAGUUCUAUUGCCUUUGAACAUAGAGGUUCCAUUGCUAAUUUGACAUCCUCAUGAAUUUGUCUACCUCCUAAGUAAGCAGACAUCAUCAUUUUUAAUUUUUUUUGUACAAGUGAAUUCUACAAAUUCAUUGUUCAUUGCAUGGAAAAGACUCUCUUUGGUCUGUUCUCAACAGUGACUUUGGCCAGUCAACAGUAUAGGUCAGGGGUUCUUAAACUUUUCCUCCCAUGAACCACUUGCUGAGGGGCUCGGUGAAUUUUUCUGCCAGGUGUAGCCAUUGUACUGUGCUGUGCAAGAUGUCAGAAUAAUUAUAAUUGCAUUUUAUUGCUUCUUUUAUUCCUUAGAAUUCCACUGUACAGUGGUACCUCGGGUUAAGAACUUAAUUCGUUCCAGAGGUCCAUUCUUAACCUGAAACUGUUCUUAACCUGAAGAACCACUUUAGCUAAUGGGGCCUCCCGCUGCUGCCAUGCUGCCGGAGCAUGAUUUCUGUUCUCAUCCUGAAGCAAAGUUCUUAACCCGAGGUACUAUUUCUGGGUUAGCGGAGUCUGUAACCUGAAGUGUAUGUUACCUGAAGUGUAUGUAACCUGAGGUACCACUGUAUUUCUGUUUGAAUGCUAUAGACAUACAAGAAAUAAAAGAAGCAACAAAAUAAGUAUGCAAUGUACCGUCUACUGUCUUCAACGGCAAAUCCGUAGACACCUGAAUGAAGCUCAUGGGAUCCUGGUGACACUCCAUCUCCUUGAUCCCAUUUUGUCUGUCCAUUUCCAGCUGUGAUACUCUUUUUGAGAUGGGAUGGGCAGAACCAUACACAAUAUUCCAAGCAUGACCACACCAUUCCUGUAUACCAAGACACUAUGGCACCAGCCUGUUUCUUUUAUACUCCUUUCUCAAUAAUUGCCUUUUCACCACUGCCGCAUACUGAGUCAAUGAUUUCAUUUAACUCUGUACUCAUCGCAUUCCUGAUAUCUCUUAAUUGGAUUUUUUAAAAUUUUAUUUUUUGCUGCCAUUUUAAUGCAUAAGCAUGACUGAUUUUCUUGCCUAAGCAUGGCUCACUUCCCACUUAACAUUGGAAAGUUUUACCCAGACAAGACCCAUUGAAAUGAAUAGACUUAGCUUAGUCAUGUUCAUUCAUUUUAGUGGGUAUACUCUGAGUGAAAUUUAGUUGCAUACCACACAUUGAAUCUCAUUAGCCAUUUUGUUUUUCACUCACCCAGCCUGGGGUGGUAUUUUAGAGUUAUUCCUAGUCUGCCUGGGGGUUCAAUAUAUUGAGUAAUUUGGUAUAAUCCACAAAUUUGUCACCUCUCACUGCUUUUAUCUGACUCCAGAUCAUUUAUGAAUACAGUGGUACCUCAGUUUAAGAACAGCUCUGUUUACGAUCUAUUCAGUUUACGAACUCCGCAAAACCAGAAGUAGUGUCCCGGUUUGCGAACUGUACCUCAGUAUAAGAAGGGAAACCAAAUGGUGGAAGGGCACUGGCGGCAGGAGGCCUCAUUAGGGAAAGCGUACCUCAGUUUAAGAAUGGUUUUGGUUUAAGAACAGACUUCUGGAACAGAUUAAGUUUGUAAACCGAGGUACCACUGUACAUUAAGCAAAACUGGCUCCUCCUCCAUACGGAUUGGGGGGGGGGGAUUCUAUUGCUUACAAUCAAAGUUAUCCAUUUACUCAUACAAUUCACCUCUUCUUCCCUAUUUAGCUAUUUACAAUCCAUAACGUGAUCCAUUCUCUCACCCUGUUACUCAAGGAUGUAUGGUGAAGAACUUUGUUGGGGUAGUUACAAAGAUAGCACCCUACCCAGCAUUUUGGCUCAGCCCUAGUUGGUACAAAGAGCAUAUUGCUAGUAAGAUAAAUUGAGGGUGGCCCACAUUCUCUGUAGCCUGCAAUGUGGGCAGAUGACCUGGGGAUCAGAUGAGCUGUGCAAGGUUUUUGUUCCUUGAAAUAAGGACUCUGGGGAAGCUAUAGAAGGAACACCAUUCUCAGUACAGGGCCAUCGUGCAGUCUGCAUAACAAAUGCUUUGAGAUUUCAAAUCAAACACCUGUCCUUACAUGUCCCGUUGGGCAAUUUCUUUCAAGCCAUUCAAUUUGCUAUGAAAAUAAUGCCAAUACAAUCAGACACUUCUCCUUUUUACAGGAAAAAAAGUUACAAAAUGCAAUCUCCCCUCUCACCAAUAACAUAUAUGCAUGCCGAGUUAAUUCAUAUUCUAGUCUCACCCACCCACAUGUAAUCUGGUUACUGUACAUAGCCAUUUUAAAAAAGUUGAAAUGUUUGACAUGAAUGUAGAUAUAGCCAAGCUUCACUUUCUCCCCCCCCCCCCCUUCAACGUAUUAUUUGGCAGCAAACAUAUUCAUUGUUAGUUUGCGAUCAGUUCCUCAGGGGCACCAGUAGGAACAUAAAAGAUUUGAGGCUUGGUCCCAUAGAAACCAAUUUUCAUAUGAAGACGUAUGUGUAUAGAUGCAGAUUUUUAUAAUUUAAAUGCCACAGAAGGCAGGGCAACCAUUUCCUUAUCCAAAUCACUGCAAAUAAAUUCUUUGAUUAAUUUGCACCCCACAACAAGUCACCCCAGAUCAGUUCUUCAUUCAUUCAUUUACCCUCUAUUAAUUUUUUCAUCAGCUCCUGCUCCAAAUCAAGUUAAUUCCUCUUCAACAACCCCUCUCAUUGCUCUUUAAAUUCACCAUGUCAUAGCUGUGACACCCCACAGCACCCCCUAGGCUCGGCGCCCAGUGUGGUGGAACUAGUCACACUGCCCUAAAUCCACUUCUAGGAGCAGAAUGGGACUCAGGUUGGGUUGUGAUUUCACUGUGGAGAAACCUGUCCAAAAGAAAACAGGAAUCUAGCAGUUGAUAUGUACUCAAGGUGCAACUCAACCCAGAACUACUCUGCAUGCAAUGGAGUUGCACUGGCUGCAGCUGAAUACAGAUGGAAUUUGCCUUGUAGCCUUUAAUAACUCACCUCCGAAAGAAAAUAAUUCAUUUAAUGUACCUUGACAAAUCAUGAGUGUCAUCACCGGAGAGAGAGAGGGAGGGAGAAACUACAAUAAGGCUUAGAAAUAAGUGCCAUGAGCAAUGAAACACAGAUUCCUUCCACAUUUUUGGUUUUUUGUAUUAAAAAAAAAAUAGUUCAUAUAUCCCAGACGUAUUAAACUGUAAUAUAACUUAGGCUGUACUCAUGUCCAAUUGCUUGCCGGUGCAUCGUAUAAAUGAAAGGAUGCUGCAGCAAACUCCCUGACAUAAUGAGCAGGUUAACAAAUAUGGAAAUCUACCAUAACCCAACACCCCAGGAGAGUUACAAAGAGAGGAGAGGUAAACAAGCUGGAGGAAAGGAAAUGAGCAAGAUCAAAAUUUUGUAACAUUGUACAUGUAAAGAAAGAGGAGGGCUAGGAAAGCCUGCUUCUCCCACAACUGCCUUGAGAAAUAGGCCAAUCACGACCCAAACUAUCUGGUAAUUGCUGCAACCAACCUCCUCCUCUUAACUCCUCCAGCCCCCAGACAGGAGGGAGUUCUGGGACUUUCAAGCAAACACCUAAACAGGGACUCAGAAAUGGCAUCCACUUUACUGGACCCACCACAGGUUUAUCCACCAAGAUCCAUCUCAGUUUACACUGUGAGCAGAGCAAGCUUCUAGCACCCAGAUCUGGCUUUGCUUCCUGUGGGCCUCCACAUCUUCUACCCUACCAGACCUAACGGCCACCAGCCAUCACUGGCUGCCCUAUCAUGCAAAGUGACAUGGAACACAGAGGAGAGAAACCACACACGCAAAGCAUGGCUUUCCAUUCCCUCACUGUGAGGUUACAGGGAACCAGGCAGAGGGCCUUCUCAGUGGUGGCACCCACCCUGUGGAAUGGCCCUCCCAUCAGAUGCCAAUGAGAUAAGUAACAAUACAACCUUUAGAAGACAUCUAAAGGCAACCCCGUAUAGGGAAGUUUUUAAUGUUUAAUGAUGCUUCUGUAUAUUCUUGAAGCCAUCAAGAGUGGCUGGGGGAACCCAGUCAGAUGGGUGGGGUACAAUUAUUAUUAUUAUUAUUAUUAUUAUUAUUAUUAUUAUUAUUAUUACUAGUACUACUAUUGUGAGGGUAUACACUAUACAUUUAAGUUGGUCCCUGGGAAUACGUUCAUCUAUUUCUACUUUGAAAUGUAUACUUUUAAUAUGCCUCAAAUGGAAACAAGAUUCACCAUGCUUUUAGCAAAGAACACAAGAAGUUGUGUUAUAUGUAGUCAGACUACAAAACUUAAUUCAUUCUGGAGGUCCAUUCUUAACCUGAAACUGUUUUUAACCUGAGGUACCACUUUAGCUAAUGGGGCUUCCCACUGCCGCUGCACCACCACACGUGAUUUCUGUUCUCAUUCUGAAGCAAAGUUCUUAACCUGAGGUACUAUUUCUGGGUUAGUAUAGUCUGUAACCUGAAGCAUCUGUAACCUGAAGUGUCUGUAACCCGAGGUAUCACUGUAUUUGUUCACCUAGUGCUGAUUCUGACCCCAAAAAACACUCUUUGGAGUACUGGGGGGCAGUGGCAGAGGGAAAACUCCAGAAUAAUGUGGGAUGUGGGAUGUGGGAUGAGGGGCUGCUGGAGCAGCAGGGGAAAGCAUUCCAGUUCAGAUGUGGAUCCUAAUAUGAGUUAACUGAAUGAGGUUCAUGGUGGGGAAGUUCAUGCCCUCUGCCCCAUUCCAUGUUGCCCAGGAGGACCCCCACCCAAGAAUCCAGAGAGGGCCUGUGUGGCUGCAAGAAGACUUGGGUGACUGGAAACAUUCCUUCCAUGAGGCUCCUUCAGUUAAUUUAUCUUUGGAUUGAAGCCAAUGUGUCCAGGAUACUUUUAUCUUAUUUUCAAACAUGCUACAUUAAAUACCUGAACUCCGAAAUGCUGAGGAUAUAUAAUGACUUUUUAACAGGGUGACAUGAUCAGGAAAUAUUAAAAUAACUAAUCCUCCCUCCUUCACUUUCUUCCUGGGCAAGAGAUGAGGAAGCAUGUGUUAAAGAAGCUAGAUUUGGAGUUCUGCAGGGUGUUCUUCCACCACCUCAGGCUGCUACUGCAAGUUAAAAACUACACAAAAUAGCUCAUCACACUGAUAUAGAAGAAAAGUGGCAUUUGUCCCUAGAUUCACCAUCUAGCGAGAAGUAAUGAUAGAAGACUAUUCAAUUAUUUUCCAUUAGAGUGUCCUACUUAGACUUUCAUCUGUGGCAGUUAGCACAUCCUUUGAUUUCCCCCCCUUCUUUUAAUGGGAAAAACAAAUAACUCUGAAUGCUCCCCAUGAAAUGACUGAAUUAUGGAGGAAAUAGAGGCAUUGCACUGCCCUUCCUCAUGUGACACUGUCCUAUGGUUUAUGUUUUGAAUUGCAGCUCAAGAAAGGUUGAAGAGGAUGACUUUGAAGAUUUCACGACAAACCAAAAAUGGGUAAUGUCUCCAAAAACGCAUGACACUGACGUGACACUGUUGUUAAACAAGUUGCUGAGAGAAUAUGAUAAAAAGCUGCGGCCAGACAUUGGAAGUGAGUGCUUUCUUUCCCUUUAAUUUUCUGUAAUGGAUAUAUCCUAUUGCAGAUGGCUGUGUCCGUAUUUUCUUUUUGUUUUAGUAACCAAUGUGCAUGAUCAGAGGCGUACAUAGAGACCAAUGUGUUUUGGUUCAGGCUGACUACAACCCGUAGUAGAAAUUGGAUUGUAUACGAGGCACUGGGCAAUCAGUAAAUAGUACGAAAAUAAAAUGGUAAGGCUAUAAUUAUAUAUAGUAGUGCAUCAUUGAACUCAGCGAGACUAACCUUUGAGUAGACAUGCAUAAUAAGAUUGUGCUGUUUGCAACAUAAUAAAAAUAUACACAUUUUAUAAAAUGGGUGCAUUUAGACUUUUUAAUAGUACACUUUGGCUUCCCUAUCUCAAAAACUGUUGGAAAGCUGGGAAAAUACAGAAAAGGUCAACUGAAAUGAUCACAAGGCUAGACCAUCUUCCCUUGCGUGAAAAGUUAAGCUGUCCGAGUGCUUUUUAGUUUGGGAAACAAGAUGACUGAUACUAUGGAGAUCUAUAAAACUAUGGAGUGAGAAGAGAGUGAAUAGCUGAGACAUUUUAAUCCCUCUGUCAUAAUACUAGAAUUUGGGUACAUAAGGAAGUUGAUAGGUAGUAGUUUAAGGACAAGACAGAUUGUAUAGUUAAUUAACUUCUGCAAUUCACUAUCACUGAUGUGAUAACAUGCAUUAAUUUAGAUGGAUCUUAAAAGGGAUUAGGAUUAAUUCACAGAAGAUACAUCUAUAGCUAUAUAUGUAGGUAUAACCAUGACAUCUAAGAACAGAGGGUGGCCUCCAUUGGAUGUUCCUGAUGCGCAGCGUAAAUUAAUAAUGUAGAGUCUUCUUCAGUAAAAGAAUAAAAGCUUUACUGAGUUAAAAUAAACUUGUUUGCAAAUAACAGCAUAGUGAACAGAAGAGUAAGCUAGCUUCAGAGCAUACACAGUUUCCACUGAGCACAGGCUCCACCACACACUGAGACUGAGACACAGACACACACACACUCACACACACACACUGAGUAAGGCAUUGAGUCUCCCUGCAAGCAGAUACAAUACUUAUACAGAGAAUGAGUCAUCCCCAAGAUGAGUCACAGUGAUUCAGCAUGCUAAGUGAUUCUGCAGCUUUUCAGCAUUUCACAACAUUUCUAGACUCCUUUACUGCUACCGUUACUGCUUCUGCUCUCAAAUACCUUUGUCACAUGACAGUCCACCCCACUGACAGAAGGCGUAUGUUAGUGGAACUGAGCGGGUGGGAUAGUUGGGAAAUUCCUGCUCCAACUGCAGCCCUCUGCCAGCCCUGAAACUCUGCCAGGAAGAAUCCCCAAUCCUCCAGAGUAGAUUUUCAGUGGACUGGGGUGCAGGGUAGAACACGAAAAAUAGUCUUCAUCCUUCUUCGGCUGAGGGAUGCCUUUCACCAGCAGAGGGUAACAUCUGAAAACUUAGAUGUUCAGGGACAGUGUAUCUGCCACAGCAGGCUGCAGGGGGGAGAUUCGUCAUCAUCACAUUAAUUUAUGAAUCUCCUUUUAUAUUUGUCCCAAGACGAUUUACUGACGUAUAAUAAAACCAGCUAAAAAUAGUUUUAUAAACAGUACAACUUCCUUCCCCAAUAUGUUGUUUUUUUUAAAAAAACAAAACAAAACGAAAUGAAAACCAAAGACUGAGACCUUUUCAUUCGGAUAGAAAAGGUGGAUGAACCAAAAAAUUCAAAGCCAGAUAGUGGACACCUGCCUUAUCGUGACAGGGAUGCUGUUCCACACAAAAGGGGCAGUCAUACUGAAAUCCCUGCUCUGAAUUAUUGUGGAGUUGGCUUCUCAUAUUCUGGGGACUUUCAGGAGAAACUCAUCUGCAGAACACAGUGACCUACAGGGUGAUUUUUCAAGGAUACACGAGAAGCAGUGGAGUAGGCCUUCACCGCAACUUCUUGGAAGUUAAAAGCACAUUUGUCAACAAAUAAGAGCUGGGGCCCCAACCCAUAUCAGAAAUGCAUUCCAAAUCGGGAGUCUUCCAGCUGCAUUUUCUUUCCAACAGAAAAGUGGCCAGGUUAAGAAUCCUCCCCCCUUCUUAAAGUAUUAUUCAUAGAAUGUAUUGAAAGGCAAAUUCUUGCUACCUGAUUUUGGUUAGUUUCUCCCUCCCAAUGCAACCUCAUAAGACAUAGUAUUUGGUAGCUUCCUUUCAAUCCUCUGGAUAAAGUUUUCCUCUGUGUGUGUGUGUGAACAUACAGGGGGUCAGUGUCAGGAUGCUGUCAGCAGCUGGUUGCCCAGGGAUGUAUAAAGACAAGGAAAAGUUUCUUACAGUCCUUUUUAUUUCAAACUUUACAGAGAGAGGCUAUAGAACCCAGCCUCUUAGAUAAUGGCAUUGUUCUGAGCGAAUCUCUAUCCCCCCGACUUUCCCACUUCCUCAUUCCUUAUCCUCAUCAUCUCCUCUAUGGGUGGUGCCACUAAGUGCCCUCUGUCUUCGAGCUCUUUGCUCUCCUACUUUUAAGGCCUGCUGGGUUCUUGGAGAUGGUGGGUCUGGAAUGCUUUCUAGUGACAACUUGUCAGCCAGCUGCUGCUCUGUCUCUGCUCCUCCUCUCCCAUUAUUUCCCAGCUUUCCCCCUCAUCUGCCUCUGAGCUGUGACCUCCAGCAAACCACUGUUGUAAAUCUAUACUGUUUUUCUCUUCUUCCUCCUGCCUGGAAGGGUCAGGAUGGGGAUGCGGUCACCACCACUCCUCCUUCUCUGCCCAGCCCCUGGCAGUCAGAGGGAACAGAGGAAGGAAAGAUCCAUUGUGCAAGAAUUUUAGCAAAAAGCAGCACAUCUCUCCAGACAGAAAACUCCUGUAGCAGCUUUGCAAAUUGAUCCACAAGUCCUUCUCAGAUAACUGAAUUAAGACAGGGCCCAUUUGCAGUGGCUUGGGCAGAGGAGCUCAGAACCCAUUAUUAAGCAUGGAUGAACAAAUCGGGAACAGCCUUGUAGAAUCAUAUGAGAUGGAAAAGGCUAAAAGACUGUCAGGUCCAACUUCUGGGCUGCAAGCCAGAAUAAACAAAACCCUCUAAACAGGUAGCAGGCAGAAAAUGAUUUGCCUUAACAAGCUUUUUGCAUCCCUAGAUUCACAGAUCCCUGAUUCAAGGAAUAGAUCUGGUGUGCUGACAGUAACCCAGGUGUGAGGAAUGGGCUGUAAUGCAUUUUACUUUUUAGCCAUUUGUUUUUGUUUGAAAACACUCGAGUUUAUUUUGUUUAUGAGGUGCUGUGCAACUGGAAUUAAUUUGUAUUGAAUCAGGCCAACGUAUGCAGAUAAAGACUCAGGAAGUGAUUUGUGGAUGAGAGCAGGCUCCCAGACACACCUAGGUUAGGCACCUGCAUGCAGUAAUUCUGCCGUUCUAAGCAAUAACUUAGAGUUAGCACCACUAGCUGCCUGGAGCGUAGAGUAGAAGAAGAGUAUAGCACAUUUCUGAUGGUUCAAGGGAAAAAUAGCUAUGAAAGGAGAAUUCCUGUAUGACAAAAUCCUGGUUGGGGGAGAGUACUCUUUGGUGCGGGAACCCCAGCAAAGAUUUUAAAUCCACAACAUAUGCAGUAAAAUCAGGGCUCUUUUUCAGGCAGAACUCAGUUCCGGCACCUCUCAGGUGGGCACCAUUGCCAUUAUAAGAGAAUACGGGAGGUGUUCAUGUUGAGUUCCAGCACCCCUUUUUCUGGAAACUGAGUAAUGUUGUUGGCAUCCUUCUGUCUCAAGAGACAAUGGAGUGUGCCUCUGGGGGUGAAAUCAAAUCACUGCGUUUGCAGCAUUGAAGUGACCUCCCCAAGGCACAUGUCUGGGCAGUCCUGGGUUGCCCAGAUGUCAAGACCUCUCUCAGCCUCACUGAUGUGGUCCAAAGCAAAGCAGAACAAUACAUAUGACACUAGCUUAGCUGCAGGAAUCGCUGGAAACAGGCGUACAAGGCACCACCUAUUCUGGAUUUGGGUAGGGUUCACUCCCUAGCCUUUUCUUUUCGUAAAGAUAUUCUGCAGAGGUUUAGGAUCCAAUUUUUUCUUUUCUUAGAAGCCACCUUCCCAUGUUGGCAAGCCCCAUUUACCUGUAUAUGCAGAAACCACCUUCUUGAUUGUUGGAUCCACCAAUGGUCUCAUCUGCUCAAUCUGCCAGAGCCUGUCUUUGUAUGCAGAGGAAGUCCUUAACUCACUGAGGGUUUGAGAUCCAUCAGCUACCCUCACCUGGUUUAGCCGGCCAGUCGUAGCCAUUCUCUAACACCCCAUGUACCACAUGCAGCAAACUAAAGCGUGGAAAUCUAGGCUUUAAUAUAUGCCCUUGUGAGUUCCAAAACUUUCCUCUUCCCUUAACAUAGAAAAAGACUACAUGUUUGGCUUACGGAAAAUCUGUCCAGUUUAACCGCUUCAGAGGCUGAGGUUCUCAGGUAGAUUGAGGGAUCAAAAGCUUAAUUACUUGGUCCCUCCCAAGGUAAGCUAAGCCUGGCAGGACAGCUUACUCUAUGGUAUUAACCCUUUCAUGCAUUAAGAUUAUCAGAACGAUCGUGUGCAACUAAACUACUUCCCUCAAAGAUCAGACGUUUUUCAAAAAGCAAGCGACAGGAAAAUGCACUUAAAAGUGUGGGAUAACACUUGGAUGCAGCAUUAUCUAACCUCCCCGCAAACAAAUUGCAAUGAAUUCUCAUCAAAUAGCCAAUGUCCUCUUAUCCCCCGGCAAACAAAUCAGGAUGAAUGUUCAAUAGCCAGUGUGCCAGAGAGCCAGUGUGGUGUAGUGGUUAAGAGCGGUAGUCUUGUAAUCUGGGGAACCGGGUUCGCGUCUCCGCUCCUCCACCUGCAGCUGCUGGGUGACCUUGGGCCAGUCACACUUCUUUGAAGUCUCUCAGCCCCACUCACCUCACAGAGUGUUUGCUGUGGGGGAGGAAGGGAAAGGAGAAUGUUAGCCGCUUUGAGACUCCUUAAAGGGAGUGAAAGGCGGGAUAUCAAAUCCAAACUCUUCUUCUUCUUCUUCAAUAUACAAGUAGUCUAGCUGUAUCCAUAGCCUAUAUGGUGUGGGUUUUUUGUUUUGUUUUAAGGGUUGUUUUUUAUUUCCCUGCUUGUAUAACCCAGCUGCUUCAACUAAAGGCAAUUGGUUACUAAUUGAACUCAGCCCGUCUUAGUUCACUGCUAACACAACCUUGCAUAGUAAAAUCCAGUGUUAGAAGAAAAGCUGUUAAUAUUUCAAUUUCAUGGGUGCGUCAUGCUAGGCAUAAAGAGCUUUCAACACCUGAUCGAAUGGAGCUCUUAAAGUUUGAACAAUAACAUGGUUCACAGCCAAUAGCAACACCUGCAGCUAAAUUUUGGAAGUGCUAUUUCGUUUUAUGCUGGGCAGCUUGUCCCCAGGUCACAAACUCUGGAAAUAAAUCAUCUCUCCCACACAGGCCUGGAAUGAGGAGAAUAAAUCACGUUAUGAUUCUACAGGGAACUACCUAAUAAUAAAGUGAGUUUCCAUAAUGUUAGCUGUGGUUACACAUUUUCCCCAAUGCUGAAAGAUCCGUUGGCAAAAUAAUUCCCAUUAUCUCUCAGCAUGCAAUCAUAAAUCUUGGCUUAGAUCAAGGAGUCAAAUUAUUUGACAUCUCAUAUAUUCCAACAGACAGGGUAGGAAAGUCCAUAUAACUCUGGACUGUAUAUUGAGAUACUUAAAUAACUCCAAUAAACAGCAGCCUAGUUUUUGUGAAGCAGUGAUCCAUGCGAUGGUCAUCUCCAGGCUUGACUACUAUAAUUCGCUCUACGCAGGGCUGCCCUUGAAGCUGUCCUAGAAACUCCAGCGGGUGCAGAAUGCUGCAGCGAGGCUCCUCACUGGGUCUCUGCCAUGGGAGCAUAUUCAUCCAGUGCUUUUCAAGCUGCACUGGCUCCCGGUGAAGUACAGGGUCAGAUUUAAGGUGCUGCUUUUGACCUUUAAAGCCCUUCACGGCCUAGGACCCUCGUACCUACGGGACCGCCUCUCCCGGUAUGCCCCACGGAGAGCCUCAAGGUCCAUAAAUAGCAACACCCUAGUGGUCCUGGGCCCUAAGGAAGUUAGAUUAGCUUCAACCAGAGCCAGGGCCUUUUCAACUCUGGCUCUGGCCUGGUGGAACACUCUGCCUCAUGAGACCAGGGCCCUGCAGGAUCUGAUUUCUUUCCGCAGGGCCUGUAAGACAAAGUUGUUCCCCCUGGCCUUUGGCUUGGAGCCAAUUUGAUUCCUUCCCUCUCUUUCUUUUUUCUUUUCCUUCUCCUGCGAGGAGGCUACAUUUUAAUAUUUUAAUGUUUCAAUAUUUUAAUGUAUUUUAAUUUUGUUUUUAAGUUGUAAUCAUUCAACUUGUUUUUAUUAUUGCUUGUAAGCUGCUCUGAGCCUGGCCUUGGCUGGGGAGGGCGGGGUAUAAAUAAAAAAUUAUUAUUUAUUAUGAUGAUGAUGAUGAUCCUUGCAAAUGCCAGCAUAAUGGUAGGAAAGUGAAUCAUCAUUGUUGCUGUGGUUUAAAGGGAUUCCAUCUUCUUCUCCAUGUCUUCUAUUGGAAAAAGCCCAACUUUUGAACUCAUGCAACUGAUACUUGGGUACCAAAGACAGGAUGUGCUGUCAUCCAUUGGUAUGCUGCCCAUUAGGGCUGGGCGAUAUCUGGCUUUCAACAUCACAAUAUAUCACCAGCUAAAAAUCACUAUAUACUGAUAUAUCACAAUGAAUGAAAUAGGGAUGGAGCUAUGUAGAGGCAUUGGCUGGCUCCAUGGUUUUUCCCGCAUUGUGAUUUUUGCAUAGCAAGCUCACACAUGUACAACAUGAUUCACAAUAUAUUGCCAGGUCAAAAAUUAAGAAACUGGCCUCACAAUAUGGACUUCAAACUGGUUUCGGAUGAUAUAGCGAUAUAUUGCCCAGGCCUACUGCCCAUCAUGCUGGCCAACAGAUACAUUUUCUGAGCUGGCAGAGAUAAUUUUGGACCUGGUGGGGGGGGGAGAGAUCCCUUGGAGUGUGGUACUGGAGUACUUCAACAUCCAUAUUGAGCUCCUUUGUUAGGAAUAGCUCAGGACUCCAUGGCUACCUUGAAAGCAAUGAGACUAUACUAAAGUUAGUUGGGCUCUAGUGACAUGAUGACCUGUAACACUUGAUUUAGUGUUCUCAGCCAGCUGAAAUUCCAGUGGGGGGCAUAUUCACAAUUUCUUUUUCAUUGAUAAAUUACUGUUUGGUAAGAUUUAGAGACAUAGGACCUUCAAACCUCUACAGAAGAGGACCAGUUAGGCUGCUCUUCUCCCAGAGGCAAAUUGACAGUCUCUUGGUACCUUUGGGAGAAUUUCCAGCUGACACAGUUGUCACUCCUGAUGAAGUCCUGAUUGAUCAAUGGGAUAAGGAAAUGAUGAUCAAAGACCAACUCCCACUGACUAGAUCCCAACCUGCUUCCUAGGGAGCUUGGCAUGAUAAAGCAGCUGGGAUCAUAGCUGUCAACUUUUCCCUUUUCUUGCGAGGAAUCCUAUUCGGAAUAAGGGAAUUUCCCUUAAAAAAGGGAAAAGUUGACAGCUAUGGCUGGGAUGGUGCAAAGAUGGAGGAAAACUCAGGAGAAAUCCAACUGAGCAUGGGUUAGAACUAAGGGCUACUAAUUUUGCUACCUCCUUCCAUUCUUUGGUAACCAUUACAGUUAUCUAACUCUUAGACAUAGGGCUGUCUUUGAAGCAUUUGAUGCAGAAUCAAAGGGCCAGAUUAUUAACUGAGACUUGCUGAUCUGACCACAACAUUCCAAGCGCUUAAAAAUCUGGCGUCUAGGUCUUUUUCCGGGUUCGAUUCAGAGUGCAGGCAUUGACUUACAAAAGCCUUCAAUGGUCAGGCUAUCCAAAGAUCCGCCUUUUUCCAUAUCAACCUGACCAUAUGCUAUAAUUUUCAACAGAAGCUUUCCUGUGUGCCAUCAGGCAUUAGGCAGAUGGCAACUGGAGACUGGACCUUGCGGCAGUGACAUUUAGGUUUUGGAACUCCUCCUCAGAAAGAUUUGUGCGCUGCCUUCUCUUUUAUAUUUCUGGUGCCAAAUAACAUCAAUAUCAUUCAGGUGAGAAUUUGGGGAGGAAGGAGUUUGACAUUUCAUCAUUUUAUUGCUUCAGUUUAAACUUUAAGCUGUCUUUUAUUUUUGAUGUUUUAGUUUGAUUUCUUGGGUAAGGGAUAAAACAUUAAAUACAUUGCAUAUUGGCAGAAAAGGCAAAGGUCAUACAGAGGAGCUGAACCAGGUGCUAAACCGAGGGCCAUUUGAUUUUCUGCCAAGCACCAAAGUCACAUGGCUAGCUCCUAUGCCUCUGCUAUUGGAGGGGAAUUCUCUAGUUUCAUAAGCUAUGAUGUAAUUAAUCAUAUAAAUACAAUACAGUGGUACCUCUAGUUAUGAACUUAAUUCGUUCCGGAGGUCCAUUCUUAACCUGAAACUGUUCUUAACUAGAGGCGUGCUUUCACUAAUGGGGCCUCCUGCUGCCGCUGCGCCGCCGGCACACGAUUUCCGUUCUCAUCCUGGGGCAAAGUUCUCAACUUGAGGUAACUCUUCCAGGUUAGCGGAGUUUGUAACCUGAAGCAUUUGUAACCUGAGGCCUUUGUAACUCGAGGUACCACUGUAUAGCAUUUCUAAAACAUAUAAUGCAUUAAAAGAUAGACAAGUUUAAACACAAUAUAUAUAUUUUUACAUGCAGUUUUCUUUGUCCCGUUACUUAAUUUCAAAAAAUCUUUUAGUUGUAUCCUCUUUGAAUUGGAAUGCAUGCUUCAUUCCCCUUCUCUGCCUGCUCCCUCGUUCUCUUUAGUUGGGAUAUAAAGAACCACACAACCAUCACCCAAGAAGGUUUCUUUGGCUUGUAAUUGUCAAACAGCAACUAUGACAUCUCAAAACUUGUUCCAUAGCAAACCAGUUAACCUGCUUUCAGUCUAUUCAGUUGUGCACAUUUGCAAGCUACUUGGAACGCCUUUGCUCUCUUACAUCAUUUGAGUCUCUAUGUAACAAAUCAAAAUAUGGCAAAAAAGGAGCUGCGUCUUUAAUCUAUAGCAUUCUUUUAGAACAAUAUGCAGGUGAUACAGGAGGUCUCUGGACAGUAUGGAAAAGAAACUUAGGGAUCAUAAUUGCAGAUAAUAAAUGGCAAUCAAUUUGGCACAACCCGUCCCUACAAACAAUCUCUGCUCAUUUGCAGGAGGCUUCUCUCAAAAUUAUAUUUUGCUGGCACUGGAAUCCAUCACGUCUAGCCAAAAUAAACACUACCAUCUCUCCCCUAUGCUGGAACAGCUGCAGAGAGAUAGGCUCAUAUUUUCACGCACGUUGGUAUACUCCUUUUGGGAAAAGGUGUUCCAGAUUAUUUUCAAAAUUGCUCAUCAAUCCCUUCCACCCAAUUCAGCUCUUGCCUCGUUAUUCUUAGACUCAAACUUAAACAAUAACCUCAAAUGCAGAGAAUUAGUAUUUUUUCUAUUAUCAGCAGCCCAAUUAAGAAUUAUGGAAACAACCUAUAGAAAUCCUCAUUGAAACCUGCGUAAAUAAUAUUUGGAAUGCGGUUCUGUCAGAAGGCCUUACUCGCCAUAGAAGAGUAAUUAAAGGCACUUCAGAGAUAGACACUUUUGGCAAGACCUGGCUUCCAUUCUUUUCCUUUAUAAAUGAGACAGAAUAUACUUUUAUUCUGCCCAUAACACAAGAAUCUCUGUGGAGAGGAUACUUGAAUUGACAAUGCAUAAAUAAACAUAUUGCGUGUGUACAGCAUAUGAAACUUAAUAAGAACGUACCACUGGACAUUCUCCAAGUUACUGCAGUUGUAUGUUGUUCUUGUAUUUACAUGAAAAUCAAUAAAAAUUAUUUGGAUUACAAAAAACACACACAAACCACUUAUGCAUUUAAGGUGCGUUUCAAAAACCAAUUUGUGGGGAAACAUUCCAUUGCGUGUAUGCAACACAAAACAGCCAGCUUUCAGAACGAUCCCAUUCUCUUUUUUUGCUCUGCUAAUGAUUAGUUGUACUGCUUGGUUUAUGUCACUAGGUGUCAGUGUAGUACUGUAUGCACAGCUAAGAGCACAAUAUCACUAAAAGUCAAAAUAAGAAGUGAGGCCCUUUGAAAACAACUGGAUUUUCAUUAAUUUCCUGUUCCCUAUGGCUGUAAUCCUGUGUUUCCUUAAGUGUCUGUGUUCCCUUAAGUGUCCCAUUAGCCCUGUUGGACACAGUGAGAUUUGCUUUUGAGUAAACAAACAUAAGCUGGACUGUGCUGCAAGGGAUUUUUUCCCCCUGGCUCUGUGGAACAUGACUAUAUUUCUUCAAUAAAAACAAGCAAUUAGACAUAGCCUUUUCCCUAAAAAAGAGAGAAUAUUUCCAAGUGUGGUAGGAUUUUCAAUGAGCCACGUUGUGUGAGUUUAAUGCAAAAUAUAUCAUGGUAUAGAAAAGAGAAGCGAAAUAAAUGGAAGAGAAGAUAAAGAAAUGUCAACUAAUAUAGUUGUGCUUUUUAAAAAGAAGUCAGCAACCAGUCAUGCAUUUUAAAUAGGGAUUCAAAUAUGAAUGCCAGUGAGGUGUAUAAAAGCAGAUAAUCUAUAUUUUCAAGUGCUCUUUGUGCUUAGAAAUGCCUGUGGAAUACAGCACUUUUGAUGAACUGAAUUGCACCUGAUUAUUUUCUAUUUAUAUCCCAUUUUGAUGCCUCAAGGCGGUAGCUAACAAAGGCACUCCAGAACAAUGAAAAAGAACAACAAGGUGGUGUGUGGGUUGUGGAUGGACUUGAAAUAAUUGGAAACCCAGUCACUCUGGAUGCCCUGGUUUAUUCGGGGGUGGGGUAGGAUGGUUGAAGGCAAAAGCGAAAAGCCACAAUGCACAAGAAAAACAUCACCCACAUUGCUUGGGACCCUGGCCUUUGACUUAGGAACGUAAUGUAUCAGGCAUGCCAGACACUCCAAAAGCCACAAAAUGGUUUAUAUAAAUGAAACGCAAUGUGGUGUACACCGUAGGAAAAAUGUGAAAGGCACUGUGUGACAUCUGACGGUGUCAGAGUGUUGUGCAAUGAACCUUCUAAUGCAAGCAAGACUUCAUUCUCUCCUGCUCCCUUCCAUCUCUGCUGCAUCUCCUCACACCCCCAAAAUCUCUACAAGAGCAGAAGCGGGGGCUGCAGAAAAGAGGAGAGGAAAGGGAAAUCCCAUCACGUCCAUGUUAGAUAUUGCCCAUUAAGAGUAAUUUAUCAGCUUAAGUUCAUAAAAUAAGAUUCAAGUAAUUGCAGAACGUGGAGAGCUCUAACAGCAAAUUGUAAAGAAGAAGAAGAAACCAUAUAUAUUUCAAAAGGGCGUUUUAUUAGAUUAUACAGAAAUUUCAUGAGACAAAAUUCAUGAGGUAGGACUUGAUUAAUUGUAAAAUGUGGAGACAAAUGAAACAAAAAUAAAUUUAUAAGGUGUUAGGGAAAUUAUCACAUAACACACAAGAGAAGAUUCGGUUAAUGAUUAAUCCACAAGUAGGACAAACGUAAUUCAGCAGGGCAUGAUGAGGCAAGGUGCGAUCGAUUAUUAAAUUUAGGUACCAAUGAUACUGACAAAAUAAAAUUAAACCUCUUCUUACAGCCACGUAAUAGAAUCAAAUUGUAAAAUUCACAUGGAAAAGCUUGGCCAAUUUAGAUAAUUAUUAAUGUAGGUAUUAAGCACAUUUGGGAAUAUAAAUAGAAAUAGCUAUUAAAAUGAAUUUAUACUUUAAGAAAAUGAAUGAAUUUCUGGUCAUAUAAACGGUAACUUUAUUAUUAACUUAAUGUAGGUCCAGAGAUCUGGGUGAGCAACAAGUGUGUUUGCAUUCUGCCGGUUGAAAAAGACCUAUAGGGCAAUCCAAUUCCCCUUUGUGUCUCUCUUGAAGGUGUGGGGGUUGGAUGGGCUAAAGGUGUCCUGGUUAGUAUCCCCCUGGUCACCUGCAGAAAUAUGCUCAGUUUCCUCUUCUGUCCACCCUAAACGGGCAGGCAGAAAUACGGCUGGUGGUAUUUUGAUUGAUUGAUUGAUCCAUUGAUUAACCCAUUGAUAUUGGGGGCACCUUCCCAGUAGUGGGUCCUGAACCCCUGGCCUACCUGGCAGCAAGCCAGUAUGUCAAAUCCAAAGUUCAAAUCCACACAAGCAAAGUCCAAAGGGUCAGGAAACUCAGUCCAGGGUCAAUCCAAGUAGUCCAGCGGUCAGGGCACAGUCCAGAAUCAAACCCAAAGCACAGUUCCACAGAGGUCCAGAACAUCCAAGCAAAGGUCAAUCAAUAUGAACAGCUGAGCAGACACAGCAAGCCAGCUCUGCUUCCCUCUGCAAAUCCCUUUGCAGGCUGAUUGCAGCACCUGGACUUAAUGAGACAGGUGGCCCUCCCCUGUUCUGAGCUGAGGAAUCACACACCUCCUCCCAGAGCUAGCGAGCCCCACCUGGCCAGCUAGGAAGCUGGGCUGUGGGCCCUGGCCUGCCUCAGCCUCCUAGAGCUCCCAUCUUGCGGCUCCCUACACCUCAAAGCCCGCCGUGUUCAUGGAGACAGACCCACCCCCAGCUCUGCUGAUGGGUCCUGUGCAUUGACCCCCAGCCCCUCGCUAUCCUCCGUCACCCUGUGAGUAUUUCCUUCCCCCUCCCCUGCUUGUCCUGGUGUGUCCUGUUCCAGUUAUAUCCCUCACCGGUAUUCUCUUCCACCUCCCCAUCGUCCUGCUGUGGUUGCUAACAGAAAGCCCUAUAAGAAGCCUUUCAAUGGGCAUUUGAUCCUUAGCUGACCCAGUUGUUCUCAUUGGGCCCAAUGUGGGUCUGGUUACUGUGCCAGAAUAAGGCUGGUGCAAAGAGAAGUCUGCCUUGCCAUUUCAGCAGGGCUGAGGAUGCAACAGCAUCCCCACAACUCAGUGAAGCCCCUGCAGAUCGCGCGCGCGUGUGUGUGUGUGUGUGUGUGUGUGUGUGUGUGUAUUGCUCCCUUAUUUAUUUGUCCAUGUAUUCAUGGGCUUGUAGUAUUUUUAAUACCGGUUCUGCUGUUUCGUGGAUGUUACAGUUAUAUGUUUUUAUUGAAUUUUAUUAUGUAUGUGGGUUGUUGGGGUUUUUGUGUGGCUGGUAGUACAUCGCUUUGGGCAAGAUAAAGUGACUAUCAAAUUCAAUAAAUAAAUAAAAACAUUACUCUUGUGGAGAACCACCUUAUAAGUUGGUUCAGUGCCCAUUCUGCUGCCCGGAUGCAUUAACCUGGCAUGCCCGACUUUUGAUCCUCACUGGUCAUUUGAUUUCAGAACAAUGUGGCUAAACUCACAAACUGAAUGUCAGGUCACACAUUGACCUGGUAUGUGUGUUCUACAUUUGUUGUAGAAGCCUAAGUACUGGAUCCCUCCUGUAGGAAAAAAUGAGGUCAGUGAGACCCUUUUCCUUCCCAUGGACUCAGUGCAUAGCCUGACCCAUAGGAUCCAAGUAGUCUUGCUUAAUGUAGCAAAUUCCAACACUUCAAUAUGUUGUUGUUGUUUAGUCGUGUCCGACUCUUCGUGACCCCAUGGACCAGAGCAUGCCAGGCACUCCUGUCUUCCACUGCCUCCCGCAGUUUGGUCAAACUCAUGCUGGUAGCUUUGAGAACACUAUCCAACCAUCUCGUCCUCUGUCGUCCCCUUCUCCUUGUGCCCUCCAUCUUUCCCAACAUCAGGGUCUUUUACACGGAGUCUUCUCUUCUCAUGAGGUGGCCAAAGUAUUGGAGCCUCAGCUUCAGGAUCUGUCCUUCCAGUGAGCACUCAGAGCAAAUUCCAACACUUCAAUAUACCAUUCUUUUAAUCACAUAGGUGCUGGUGGUAUUUUUUCUUCUUCUAAUACUUUUUAUAAGUUAUCCAUGCUACUGCAGUCAUAAAGAAAAAUAGCUUUUUUUGUCCUUUGGUACCUAUGUAUCCCAAAUAUCCCAACAUAAUAUCUUGCUGGUACUUCCCCACCACCAGACACUCCUGUCCUUUUCACAUUUCCAAUAAUUAGUGUUAUAUACUCUAGAUAGUCUUAGAGGACUUGCAUAGCAUCUUACCCACAGUUUUAAUGAAUUGCCAAUUAGGACUAAUGAUGCUGUAGUGCUUGUUUGCAUAUGUCCAGGUGUAUUUUCAUACACAACCCAGAAUUGGUUCUCCAAUUAAAACAGAAUAACAGCUUUUAGAGAAAGCCAGUACUGCUUUAUUUGAUGUGUAAAGGAGAUUCAUAUGUGUGUGUUAUACAUGAGGCAUUUCAGGGAAGCCCAAUUGACUUACAUCUGAGUAAACAGGAUCAGACUAAUUGUUUACAUCUGAUUCUGGUUUAAAAUCUGAAAUAAAACUGUUAUAAUUUAAAUAACAGGCAUUAUAAUGUGGUUUAGCUUUAUUGCCAUGUUUGUCAUUCUAUUGCACACCAAAGAUCUACUCUGUAAAUGUGUUUAUGCAUACUCUUACAUAGUAUGUCAGUUUCACAUCAUCAGUAUUGCUAUAUUCCACCUCUUCAACAACAGCAGAAUUGCGUAGAAAUAGAAAGUGCAUCCUUUUACAAUAUGGGGAUUACGUUCAAUUUAGCUGCUGCUAAUAAAUCCAAUAUAAAUUCUCCAUCUGGUUUUUGAAUUGCUUCUUUUAGAUAUCCUAGUAGGAUGACCUUGAUACAUCUAAAUCAGGCAUGUCCCUAAUGUGAUUAAAGAUUGUUUUCCAUAAUUUAAUCUUGGGACAAGUCCAAAAUCUCAGCCUUAAUGAUGUUACGUUUCGGACGAGAAUCAUGUCCCAAGUUAGAUAUAUCUUUUCAUCGGCGAGAAGUUGGGCUCCUGUGCCACUGAGAUUGGAGCUAGCAGGUUUUCUUCAGCUGUACCAAAAUAUGUCACCAGUAAGAUAUUUGAAGUACCAACAUCUCUCCCGACCCCCCGACCCCCUGAAGUAUAAUAAUGCAAUGUCUGAAGAAGGAAGAAAUAACCUUUCGCAAGGCCAUAAAACUGGCUCAAAGUGGGUCAUGUGCAGGACAUUCUCUGACCAUUAGUGAGCGUACAGAAGGAGCCGAAGGACAAAACUCUGAAAAGCCCUUGCAGACAGAACUGUCAACAGAAACACUAAAAUUUCAAUAGGAAGAUAAAAAUGAAUGCAAUCCAGGAGAGGACCCCAGGAACCAGGGCUAAAGCAAGAAGAACAGGAUGAGUGACUGUCAAAGGAAGCAGAAAGGCUUAAAAAGAAUAAGAAUGGAAUAAAACCCUUGAUUCUUUUUGCCAAGGAAAGAUAAUUAGAAACUGUAUUAAGCUUCUGCUUCAUUGAGAAGAAGGGUAAAGCAGAUUGAAAAGGGUCAUGACUAAGUUAAGUAAGAAAUUUGAGGUAGCAAUGAUUUAUUAUUACUAUGACUAUUAUCAUUUAAUAUCAUAUAAUUGUUUCAGGGAUUCUCUUCUAGAUCAGAUUCAUUUUUAUCUGUUUACUAGGGGCUGGAUCCCCGUGCACUCCACUCAACCCCCUGCCACUCACAUAACACACAACCCCUCUAAAGUUCCCCCUUCCCACCCCAUGCAUCUACUAAGAUUUCUUUUCACCUCCCCAAUCCCAUUUCUGCAGCCCCUUCUCUCUUCUGUUCUACAGCCCCUCUUUGCAUCAGUUUUCACCAUCAUCCCCAUAACCUCCUACAUGUUCCUCCUCACACCCAUCCCACCCACUUAUGAAGCUAACAUCCCCUCCUCUUCUGCACACCCUUCUUAAUGCACUUUUUCGGAAAGGAAUUUCCCAAAUUGAACGGAUUUCUGUAUGUUAUUUUCAUUUCUAUGCACACUUUCCAUUAGUAUAUGCACUUUUGUACGUAUUACUUGGCUGGAGAACUGCAUUGUAAAAUUCAGAGAAGUGUGAAUAUUGAAGGAUGGCCGUGUUUUGCUUGAAUCAUGGAAUCAUAGCUUGGAUCAUUGAAUCAUGGAGUUGGAAGGGAUCGUGAGGAAGAUCUAAUCCUACCCCAUGCAAUGCAGGAACCUUUCAUCCAACAGGGGGAUCAAACCCACAGCCUUGAGAUUAAGAGUCUCAAGUUCUACCAACUGAGCUGUGUGUUUUGCUUCAUGCUUUGUUCCAGAAAUUGUGAACUUGGCAAGUUCCCAUUUAAAUGCUAACUGAAUCAAAUUUAUCCCUCCUCCGUACAUGGCAUAUUAGGGUGCGUUAUACUGUUAGAGGGACCAGUGUCGGAUUUGUGGUCCAAGCCACUGAGCCUUGGGCUUGCCGAUCAAAAGGUUGGUGGUUUGAAUCCCCACGACGGGGUGAGCUCCCUUUGCUCAGUCCCAGCUCCUGCCAACCUAGCAGUUUGAAAGAAUGCCCCAAAGUGCAAGUAGAUAAAUAGGUACCACUCUGGUGGGAAGGUAAACGGCGUUUCCAUGCACUGCUUUGGUGUCACUGUUCUGUUGCGCCAGAAGCAGUGUAGUCAUGCUGGCCACAUGACCUGGAAAAACUGUCUGUGGAGCAGACAAACACCAGCUCCCUCGGCCUGAAAAGUGAGAUGAGCACCACAACCCCAGAGUCAUUUGCGACUGGACUUAACUGCCAGGGGUCCCUUUACGUUUAUACUGUUAGAAUAUUGGCUCAUCUAGCUCAGCAUUGUGUACUCUGACGGACAGCAGCGCCCUAAGAUCUCCAGCAGAUCUCUUUUCAUCAUCCACUGAACUUCAGGGCUCCUUCAUGCAAAGCAUCUACUGUGUUGCUGAGCGAAGGCUCCCCUGCCCCCACCAAAGCAGUGCCUUAGAGAACUAACUGCUCACCAUUGUGACUCUACUAACUCCUGGAAGUACUGCGCAGUUGACUCCCCACCCCUUUCUUCUUCCCCACAGGCUUUCCGAGGAGCCCCCUGUCAUUCAUUGAUUCACAAUGUGGCCUUUGAAUUGUCCCCUCUUAUGCAGGCCACAGAGCAUUCAAGGUGGGGAUGCAGGGAGAUGUAAGGCACUCAGCAGGCCAAGGCACUCAGUGGAGACCAAUGGUUAUGUUCAUUAUUUUAUGUGCUUUGGUGAUCACAAAUAUGUGCAUCAUCAUAUUGCAGUUUUAGAUGAAAUCUCCCCCCUUUUAAAAAACCCAUUAGGCAUCUUUCUACCCCUGUGGGCUUUCCAUGAAACAGAACAGAUAUGCCAAAGUCUUAAUCAUUUUCGAUAUGUAAUCUAUUAAAUGUGUUGCAAAAGAAUUCAAACAGGAAAGCGAAAUACUGUCAAAUCCAGGGAGGCUGCUGUAGAUUUGUGCUGGCGCACAUGGAGGCAGAAUUUAUCCCCUUGAUUUACAGCUACAAGAUUUGUGCUUAGUGGAAAUUGUCAGAUGUAUUUUGCCAGCUCUCCAAAUAACCAGGAUAACCUUUAUUCAUGUUUUCAUUAGUUUCAUCAAUGGCCUUCUUAAUUAGAAACAGAAUGCUUGGAUAUUACAACGUAUGUGACAAACAACUAGACAGCUCUAAACAUUUGUCAUUUGGUGCUACCAGAUGUCAGCCUGGCAGUGUUGAAAUUUGGACACAUUUCCUCCCCCCCCCUUUUUUCAUGGAAAAUAACCACCCUGCGUUAAGAACUGUUUCAAAGAGGUUGAUUUGAGAAGGCUGAUAUCUUUGCUGACAUCCUUUAAUCAUUCUUCCACCUAUGAUAUACAUGUAAAUGUUAUGGUUGCUGACAGCACUUUCAAACUAUUUUUGUCUGAUCCCUCUGACAAAGAAACACUGGAGAGCUAGAGAUCCAUUUACAAUCUGACUGACAGAUUUGAGAAGAGCUAGCAUGAACAUUAUUCUACCGGCCCACUAGGCAAUAUGACUGUGGGGAAUGACCUCUGUCUCAUGACAGAAGGCUCCAGACCCAUGACUAAAAUAAAGCCUUUAAAAAUAUGCAUUUUUGACUACUCUAUUGUGUCACCCAACUGAAUGGAUGGGGAAUCUAUGACCUUCCAGUUGUUGCUAGACUGCAACUCCCAUUGUUCAUGACCACUUGCCAAAUUGGCAAGGGCUGAUGGGAAUUGGUGCCAACAAUAUCUGGUGGACCACAAGUUCCCCACCUCUGCCCAGCUGGAACAUUUGAUAGAACUAAUCCUUUGUGUGUCUAUUUUCCUUAAGUGGGGAAGUAAUUACAUGCUCACCUUUCUUACACUAUAGUCUUUGUUUGGCACAUUGAAGGAGUAGAAGUUCUAAUUGGGGUGGAGAACUGGUGAACCCCUAGAUGUUGCUGGAAUCCAACUCCCAGCCACCUUAGGAAGAAUGGUCAAUGACAGGAAUGAUGGGAGUUGUAGUUCAGCAACAUCUGGGUGUUGGUGCCACAAGUUAGCCACCCGGUCCUAGAUCAUUUCAAUAUGACAUGACUCUGGCCUUCCCAUAGGCAUCUGGGUAGAAACUCUGGAAAAGCAGGAUGCUUGGCUAGAUAGCUUUUUGUUCUGAUCUAGCAGGGCUUUUCUUUUGUUUAAAGAAUGUAUCAAACUGAUUUUCCACUGUGGUACCUCUCUAGUACUCUGCAGGGAGAUUCCAUCUGCAAGCAGAUAGUUCUAGCCAGUGUGGUGUAGUGGUUAAGAGCGAUAGUCUCGUAAUCUGGGGAACCGGGUUCGCGUCUCCGCUCCUCCACAUGCAGCUGCUGGGUGACCUUGGGCCAGUCACACUUCUCUGAAGUCUCUCAGCCCCACUCACCUCACAGAGUGUUUGUUGUGGGGGAGGAAGGGAAAGGAGAAUGUUUGCCGCUUUGAGACUCCUUUGGGUAGUGAUAAAGCGGGAUAUUGAAUCCAAACUACUCUUCUUCUUCUUCUUCCUCUUCUUCUUCUUCUUCUUCUUCUUCUUCUUCUUCUUCUUCUUCUUCAGUGACAUAUGCAAGUUCCAGGAAAACCAUGUAUUACCUUGUACUGUCGUCUACAAGUUUCACUGAUUGCAUGUGUAUAGAAGGGUCCUGGACCAAGAAUCAUGGUAUACAAUUGCAUAGCUAAGCCUUCCUAAUAGGGAGGAUUAGCAAUGAGACAAGGAGCCAGUGCCAAGUGUAAUCAAAUGCAUGGUUUAUUACAGAAAUAGAAAUGUCAAGUAACAGCUUUCAGACUGGUCCAACAGCUUCUGGUUAAAUCCACAGAAGGCAGAGAGAAUUGGGGCAGAUAGGUCGGGCAGGAACAACGUGCUGAGCUUAGAAUCAUAGAGUUGGAAGGGAUACCAGAGGCCAUCGAGUCCAACCCCCUGCAAGGAAUCAAGAGAAAAGGAUGAUACCUAAAAAAAAGGGAGGGCAGAGCAGUAGACACCAAGUUAGAAGGAGGGGGCUAACUUAGUGGUAGGGAACCUAUGGCCUGUGGGCCUCAAUGGGCUUCCCUUUGGUCCAUAAGCCAUUUAGUCCAUCAGUCACUGUGUCCUCCAGAAGCUGUUGGACUACAGCUUGCACCAGUUGCAGCCAGCAUGCCCAAUGGUCAGGGCAGAUGAUGGAAGUUGAAGUCCAGCAACAUCAGGAAAGCACCACAUUGGCUACCACUGCUCUCAAGCGGAAAUGCCAUGUUUUUCAGUUUUCCUCUAGCCUCUUUUCCAUCUUCCAAACCCUGGGGCUCAAUCCAAAGUUGAGGAGGAAGGCACAGCCAUUUCCCCCUUCCCUUCUGUAUAGUCUGGGAGAGUGAUCGAGAACUCCAGGGACUCAAUCUAGGGGCCUUGUCUUCCCACUUUCAACACGUGAAGAGAGCAGGGCCCAUUGAGCCAUGCCUUCUUUUGCAUCCUAUUGUAAGUUCUUCAAGAUGUUUGAAUUCUUGACAACACAACAGGUGUCAUAAAGUUCACACUGCCCCAGUUCAAGAGGAACGGAUUCGGAGAUUCACAGACGCUUUGAUUGUGAUCUGUCUACAUUGUUCUGCCCUCUGCUUCCCCCCGGUCCAUGCAAUACUUCUUAAAAUUACACCUAUUAUGGAUUUCUAGAGGUCCCUCAAUUAUUUCAUUUUGCAACUUCUCCUCUUAAGAGGAGCAGCAGGAAGAUUGUCAUUUGUUUUCAGUUGCGUUACAAUCAGGGUUACAUUGAUUAAUCAGUCGUAUUUGUUCCGUUUUCCGUUUUUGAUUGCUGAAGCCAGGGCUUCAGUUCAUCUGAGGCUAUUCUUUGGGUUCAGCGUGAGUUUCUGGAUUUAAUUAACUCUCCCAAAUUGUCCCAGAACAGUCUUUAUUCAACUCUACAGAUGAGAACAACUUGAAUCCAGCUACUGGAUUAUUAUUAUUUUAAAACCCUUCAGUUAGUUUUUACUCAUCUUUCCCCCCAAUAUAUGACUUGUCAGCAAUUACGUAAAGUUUCAGAAAGACUGAAAUUCAUCCAUGUCCACCCUACAUUUAGUCUGAAUUCAAAUUUCUAACUUUUAAUUAGAUGGCCAAAAGGCUUGCAUGGAAAAAUAUUUCUACACUGUAUUGUAUCAUUAUAAAUUAAAGGAUAUUUCAGAUUCUUGGUUCCAUUCUCUUCUUGCUAUUUUUUAAACUGACCGGCAAUGUCAAGUUUUAGAAAUACGCACAAGUUCAAACUGCAGAAGACGGGGGAGAAACGUCAUACCCAAUUGGAAGCAAAGUGAACCCUGGUCUAUUUGUGUUUCUUCUGCCUCUCAGGAGCUCACCAUUUUAUGCUCACAGCAACCCUCUGGGAUAGGUUAAGCUAAGAAAUAGCAACCUGCCCAAGGCUACCCACUGAUCUCUGUGACAUGAAUAAACAGGAAUCUGAACCCAUGUCUUCACGGUUGAAAUCCAACACUUUCCCACAUUUGAGAUUUUAUAUUUCACUAGUACAGUUCCCAUGAAAUCAUUUCAUUCACUGCCGUAAUUAAUGCUAGUCAUGUAAAUCUAACCAAUGGGAUUUACAAACAGAAAUAUUUGAAAGCUUUCCCCCCCUCAUUUAUGUUUUAUGUGCCUGCAAGAUCAUUAGUAUUUUGAACUACGCAAGGUUUAUUCAAGCAUCUUGGGAUGUGUGUACAUCAUCACAGGUACAAAUGAGGAAUGCAAGAAUUGCCAUGCUGAAUCAGACCCACAGUUCAUCUAGCAUCCCCCAUGGCUAGCCAAGGAAGCUCACAAGCAGGGCAAGAGAGAGAAAACCUGUUUGUCCCUGGUUGCUGGUAUUCAGAACAUGUCCCAUUCUGAACAUGAAGACUCCUUGCAUAGCCACUCUACCUAAUCAAGAGGGACAUGGGUGGCGCUGUGGUCUAAACCACUGAGCCUCUUGGGCUUGCCAAUCAGAAGGUUGGCGGGUUGAAUCUCCACGAUGGGGUGAGCUCCCAUUGCUCUGUUCCAACUCCUGCCAACCUAGCAGUUCAAAAGCACGCCAGUGCAAGUAGAUAAAUAGGUACCGCUGUGGCGGGAAGGUAAACAGUGUUUCCGUGCACUCUGGAUUUCAUCACGGUCCUCCGUUGUCCCAGAAGCUGUUUAGUCAUGCUGGCCACAUGACCCAGAAAGCUGUCUGCAGACAAACGUCAGCUCCCUUGGCCUGAAAGCAAGAUGAGCGCUGCAACCCCAUAGUCACCUUUGACUGGACUUAACCAUCCAGGGGUCCUUUACCUUUACCUAUGCUAAUGCAUCUUACAAGCCAUGUACUGCUGCCAAGCUUCAUGGACCAAGCAAAAUUAUUCAAGUGGAUCAAGGCAUUUCUUGCACUGUCAUUAUCAUCAGUAGACUGAUCAAUAGUAUUUGGCAGAAUUCAUGACCAUAUAUAUAUAUAUUUCAUGGCACAAUAUUUACUUAACCCUCCCUUUGUUAUUAUAAUGUUUUAGUGCAGCAGUAAAUUCUAUUCUCAUUUUUAUUGUGAUUCAAUGGUGAAUUAUACCUACUGUGAGGCCACCUCCCAGCCACCCUGGUCUCAUGCUGUCUGAGGGGAGGGUGAUUCCAGGUAACAGAGGGCUGCCAUCUGCUCCGUCUGCUUUAAAAAACUGCACCAGAUAAAGCAGUGCUAGUGGGGCUAUUUCUACAAGGCUGCCCUUUUUCAAUCAGCCUCUGCAUUACCUUGGGAGUCUCCCUGAAGCCAAUCGAUAGCUUCUAAAGUCGGGGGCAUUACUAUAAGAGACCACACCAGGUUUAUGAAACAGGGACAAAUAGGCCAAGUUUCCACCCCAUUUCCCAGCCCCAAAAUACUAUAGGAAAAUGGGGGUGGGGCAUUCUGUUUCAGCCCUUAUGUGGAGGUGUCUAUGGUAGUCUAUUUCUGUAUAUGCACUCUGCAUUUAAAGCACAUUUAAAACACACACACCCCAAAUUUCCUGGGAACUUUAAUUUUUAAGGGUGCUCGGAAUUGUACAGCUGUGUGAGGUAAACUCCAGUCUGCAAGAUUCUUGGGUUGUUUGUGUACUUUAAAUGAACUUCGAAUGUAUGGUGUAUUCACAGCCUGUGUGGCUAGUGAUACUAUAUAUAGUUUAGUCACUAGGUGGCACUGGAUUUAGUUGUGUCUAGGCAGAGGCAGAAGUAUCCAAUUACUUUUCUUUUAUUGGUAUUUAUUUGUUUUAUUUCCAACAUUUGCAUCGUGCUUUUCACCACCGAAUGGUCACAAAGCAGUUUCCAAUUAUGCCCAGUAAAGCAAGCUAUCAGUCAAUGUAGCACGGUAUUUUAAACUCUACAACGCAAACAAAUUACCGUAGAUUCCACAAAUAGUCACAACAUUUCAACACAGCAAACAACCCUCUGAAAGAGAAACGAUAAAGUUCAUGUUUAGCUUUCCGAUUGGUAUGUCCUCUAAGCUUUCCAUGAUACAAUGUCUCUUUUGAUCCCUGGCAGAUUGAGUCAGUUUCAGGGUCUUCCAUCCAGAGGGUGGGAGCAGGAGGAGAUGCAGAUGGACUGAGGGACUGGCUGAUGGUGAGGAAGCCAACCCAUAAAGGGAGCCCCCUUCAUUGAGUUAUGGAGUUCUACGCUCCAAAUGUAGCUCCAGAGAGGAAGAAAGGAGGACUACAGAGUCCUGUAUGCCAGAAUAUACACAAUGUGAAUUCAUUCCUAAGCUGUUGCUUAAAAAGAGAGAGAGGAUUUUAAAAGAGUUCUUGGAGGGGGAGGAAAUGGUCUGUGCUGUGCUGUUGUUUCAAAACAGAUUUGAGAUGGGAAGGCUAUAAUUACAGAAAUGUUAAACAUGAUGCCCUGUGUUGUCUCCAGGGCACUAUUAAAUGCUGCUUUUUUUCUUUCUUUCUUUCACAGUGAAACCAACUGUCAUUGAUGUUGACAUUUAUGUUAAUAGCAUUGGCCCAGUGUCAUCAAUAAAUAUGGUAAGUGUCUUCCAGUCAAUGAUUUUAUUGGCAUCGCUGCUCAUGCCAUCCGCAUCUGAUCCCCUUAAUUUUUACUAAAACAUGAGAUGAGGUGAAGUGUUAUGGUUGCUGUUGUCGCUGUAUUUUCUGGUCUGGUUCUGCUUUCCUGACAAUUCUUUGUCCCUUUAUUGAGGGAGGCCAGGACGGUGCAGGCAGGAGAGAGCUGAUGAUCAGCAGUAUCAUGCUGUGAUCUGUCUGCCACAGAAAAAACACUCUUGAAAAUGAUGCAUAUUCCAUUUAUCUUUGGGAAAUAUGCUUGCUCCGACGUUGCAAGCAACGGUGAAACAAUGCUGACUGCAGAAAACGUGGCGAUGUAAACUAACGCUGCACUCCUAUGCAUGUGUCUACUCAGAAGUAAGUCCUGGUACUCUUGGGGUUUACUACUGGGUAAAGUAAAGGUAAAGGGUAAAGGGACCCCUGACCAUUAGGUCCAGUCGUGGCCGACUCUGGGGUUGCAGCGCUCGUCUCGCCUUAUUGGCCGAGGGAGCCGGCGUACAGCUUCCGGUUCAUGUGGCCAACAUGACUAAGCUGCUUCUGGCGAACCAGAGCGGCUACUGGGUAAUUGCGCCUAAAUAAAUUGCAUUCAUGUGUUUUGCCUUUGAAAGACUGGCCUGAUAUCUUUUGGAAGUCUGUAUGUCAACAUGGUGGACUCACAGCAACCAAGGCAUUGACUGCUGAACUGUCUCCAAGUUUGGGGGAGACCAGGAUAUUGUAAGGGAACAUCUGCUCCCCAAUAAAGAGGCUGUGACACACAUGGAAACUGAUGUUGUGUGACUCAUCAUCCAUCAGUGGUAGGUAGUGGCCAUUGGAACCGGUACUGACGAAGGCAAAGGAGUCCAACAGGAGGUGUACCCAAAGCCUACAAUAAAUUUUGACACGGGUGGCGCUGUGGUCUAUACCACUGAGCCACUUGGGCUUGCCAAUCAGAAGGUCGGCAGUUUGGAUCCCCACGAUGGGGUGAGCUCCCGUUGCUCUGUCCCAGCUCCUUCCAACCUAGCAGUUCGAAAGCAUGCCAGUGCAAGUAGGUAAAUAGGUAGCACUGUGGUGGGAAGGUAAAUGGUGUUUCCCUGUGCUCUGGUUUCCGUCACGGUGUUCUGUUGUGCCAGAAGCAGUUCAGUCAUGACCGGGAAAACUGUCUGUGGACAAACGCUGGCUCGCUUGGCCUAAAAGCGAGAUGAGCGCUGCAACCCCAUAGUCGCCUUUGACCGGACUUAACCGUCCAGGGGUCCUUUACCUUACUACUAUCAAUGGAGCCAACUAAUUCUCAUUAUCUCUCCAUCUUCCUCACUGUUGAGUGUCCAAAAGGCAAUGUGAUAGGCGGAAGGAGAUUGUGGCUAGCACUGCCUCCUGGACAAGAUGUAAGAAGCAGGCUGGGGGCAGGGGGUUGGUUGGGGGCAGACUGAGGUUGGUGCGGCAGUGCCUCAUUAACCUUUGAAGACUAGCCUCCAUUGUUCAUCAUACUGCAGUCACAAUGCUGACUAGAAGGACGGGGACCGUUUUUUCAUGGCUUUGUAAUUCCCGACUCCUAAAGAUUUUUCACACUUGGCCCCCUCUUGGACUUUUGGAGGUUUCUCAAUCCUUUUUAUUCUUCUGCUGCUGUAACUUUGUGAGAUUGUAGUUCGUUUAUGAGUGCUUUCGUUGUUUUGACUUUAAGUGCAUUGUAGAUUGCUUUAAUGUAAAGUAUGCUACCUUGUUGUGAGUCUUUUAGAAAUUCACAAAUAAGUGCACUAAAGAUACUAUCCUCUACGCACUUAGCCUGGGAGGAAGACAAAUUGAAAUUGGUGGGUCUCACUUCUAAGUAGACAUGCACAGGAUCACACUUUAACAAUAAUGUUUGGGUUUCUUUAAAGCACUUUUUAAAUGCAUAACUCUUAUCAGCAAGGCAAAAAUACAUUUGUACUUAAAACCACAUUUGUUCCCAUCCAGUGAACUUGGCAGUGGCAUUUUAUAACACAAUGAAUAUCUCUCUGAGCUAUCUGUAGAGUGCAUAUGCACAGUUAACUAACACUUAAUGGUUUGUGGUGCACAGGCAAAGCUUUAGUUGCAGGAGGCUAUGCAAUAAAUUAUGUGAAUGAAUCUGCUGGUCUACAGUGUACAUGAUUUAAUUCUGUUUUUAGCAGUGAUUCUGGCCAUAAAGGACAUUUGGAGCUGAACUCAGAAGAAAUUAGGGAUGUAGUCAUAUACAUACUUAUUUGGGAGUAAUUAUCACAGUGAUAAUUUUAUCACUGGGAGUGAUAAAAGGACGCAGGUGGCGCUGUGGGUAAAACCUCAGCGCCUAGGACUUGCCGAUUGCAUGGUCGGUGGUUCGAAUCCCCGCAGCGGGGUGCGCUCCCGUCGUUCGGUCCCAGCGCCUGCCAACCUAGCAGUUCGAAAGCACCCCCGGGUGCAAGUAGAUAAAUAGGGACCGCUUACCAGCGGGAAGGUAAACGGCGUUCCGCGUGCUGCGCUGGCUCGCCAGAUGCAGCUUGUCACGCUGGCCACGUGACCCGGAAGUGUCUGCGGACAGCACUGGCUUCGGGCCUAUAGAGUGAGAUGAGCGCACAACCCUAGAGUCUGUCAAGACUGGCCUGUACGGGCAGGGGUACCUUUGCCUUUAUCACUGGGAGUAAAUCCCAGUCACAGUGGGGGUUACUUUGGGGUAGGGUUGUGCUAGUAAUUCUGCUUCCUUAUUUUUAUUAAUAUACAGAAUAUCAUGAUGGUACAACAAAUUAGUAUAGGCUAAAUUACUCUUUCUUAGACUUAUUUCUUCUUCCGUGUAACAAUGCUCUUUGCUGUGAUGUUCAGCUCUGUUGGAAUGUUUGGCUUAAUCCUACUCACAAUUGAAACUUUUAAUGCCAAUAAUUUUAUUGGGAAACAGCAGCUACCAAAUUCUAAAUAAUGACCCUGAUCCAGAGAGAAAUGUUGAUACUUAAAUGCAAUUGAAAUUAAUGAAAUCGUACUUGCUACUGGCUUGUUCUGUUGAUUUCUGUAGGAUUUUCUUUGAAUCGAGGUUAAUUAAAAUCUGUUUUCUUUGCUUAUUGAAGGGUUGGGGUUUCCUCCCAAAGAAUUUGGUGUCUGUGUGUGUGAGAGAGGGAUGCUUUGUUUAUCAAGGUGGCAUGUGUGUGUCCAUUAGUGGAGGGAAAAUAGGGGGGUGGGAUGAAGGCUAAUCAAUUCAAACACUCAUAUGCUGCCAGGAUUCAAUGAGUGUUUGAAUUUGGGUUGCUACAAGACCAGGAGUUCUUUCCUUAAUUUCUCACUAGCUGGGAUAAACACAGGAUAACAUAAUUUCACAUCUCCUGUGCUUCUGUAGAGGUGGAAAUGCACAACUGACUGUAAGUUAGAAGCGUUUUAGUAGAGCAGUACCACUGGAUUCCUCACCCUGCAAUUUUGAUUAUGGUGCUUGCUGUAUCAGAAUAUUAUGGUCAGUAUGUUAUAGCUGAACAGAGUAUUAGAUCAUGGAGGUCAAGAGAGGAGUCUUGUUGUUUGGCAAACCAAGACAUCCAUACACACUGCCCUGGCUUGAGCCCAAGGAGGUCACUUCAGUGCUGCUAACAUAGUGGUUUGACUUCACCCCUGGAGGCACACUCCAUUGUCUCUCAAAACAGAUGGAUGCCAACAAAUAUGAGAUACAGUGGUACCUUGGGUUAAGUACUUAAUUCGUUCCAGAGGUCCGUUCUAACCUGAAACUGUUCUUAACCUGAAGCACCACUUUAGCUAAUGAGGCCUCCCGCUGCCGCCGCACCGCCGGAGCAUGAUUUCUGUUCUCAUCCUGAAGCAAAGUUCUUAACCUGAAGCACUAUUUCUGGGUUAGCGGAAUCUGUAACCUGAAGCGUAUGUAACCUGAAGCGUAUGUAUCCCGAGAUACCACUGUACUUGCCAUAUAGACCACCCUGAACAACUUGGUGGAGGAAUAGGGUAAACCAGGGAUGUAUACAUUUAUAUAGUUGUAGCUGCUCCAUUUUUAUUUUUAUUUUACUUUGAAAUUGGUUGGUUGGUUGGUUAUUGCAAUAGUGGGGGAUUCUGCUGGGCAAAAAUCAAGAUACAAAUAUGAGAAAGAAAUGAGUUUCACCCUCUGGACAUAGGGGUUACUCUGCAAAGUCCAUAAUAUUGUUGGAUUUCUGAAAUCAGGCUCUGUCUAUCCUGGCAUCUAAUUUGAACUCAGGAUAAAUUUAAAUUCCAUCUACUACCAUGUAAACAUGGCAUAUCAGUGAUCUGCAUGACCCCACCCAGAUUUGGUUGCGCAAGACAUACACACAUGAAUGCAUUUCUUAUGCCUGUCUCUGCUCUGACUUGGCACACCACAUUUUGUCUCAUUUGUUCGAAAGAGGACAAAUGCUUAAUACGCAUUUAUUAAGCAACAUGAAUCAGAAGAGUCCAUGCUGUAUGCAGGUUGCACAAGCCACCCCCGCUGAUUUGUUGUUACGGGAGAAAAAGAUAAUUAGCUAUUUGUCAAUUCUAAGGCUGAAGCAGAUGGUUCCCUUGCUGGGCAAACUUUGCUUUUACCUGAAGAAAAAUGAAUCAAAUACAUUACUUUGACUGAAGAUGUCAGUUGCCCCAGUACCUUCUGCACACUCCAUCUUUUGUUUGUUUGUUUCAGUCAUUCGUCAGGAAAUGCACAUUUCAUAUUUUCUUACCAAAAUUAAUCUUUUCACUGGAAGCUCAAGGUCUUAAGUUUUAUCUGCAUCUUCAGGAGACCAAGUGAUGGGUCAUUUGCCCUGCAGUUUGGAAUGGCUCCAAGGAACCAUGUUAGACAGAGGUCCAUAAAAAAAUGUAAAUGAUCAGUCAGCCAAUCACUUUAUUUGCACGCUGCCUUUCCAAGGUUAAAACCAUACUCAAAGUGGCUGAGAACAUAUGAAAAAUUACAUAACUACAAACAUAUCAUAACAACAAACAAAACAUCAAAAGGUACGUACUGAAUCAAACAAUUUAUACACCAAUCAUAAGAUACAAAAUGAAGAUACAAAAAGGUAACAGCAACAACAGCAACAACCAACCCAACAAAACCCCCUAAUAAUACCUCAGCCUAUUGAACUGUUGUCCAGCUGACAUGUCUCUCUCAUGUUCCAUGCUUGGAUUCAUAGGAGUACUGAACACUUCAGCCAGUGUGGUGUAGCGGUUAAGAGUGGUAGUCUCGUAAUCUGGUGAACUGGGUUCGCUUCCCCACUCCUCCACAUGCAGCUGCUGGGUGACCUUGAGCUAGUCACACUUCUCUGAAGUCUCUCAGCCCCACUCACCUCAUAGAGUGUUGGGGAGGAAGGGAAAAGGAGAAUGUUAGCUGCUUUGAGACUCCUUAGGGUAGUGAUAAAGAGGGAUAUCAAAUCCAAACUUCUCCUCCUCCUCCUCCUCCUCUUCUUCUUCUAUGUAGGAAAUCCUACCUUUGAAUAAAAUAUGCAGCCCAGUAGUUGUCUUUAUAAAAAACUGUUUGUCACUCAGUUAUGACCAAUUCAAAUGGUUAAAUGUUCUGCCUAUUGCAAAUUCUACCUUACAGUAAAGUAGCUUUUGUAUGGAAUGCAGGCAAUAUCCAAUAACCCAUAGACCUAAGUUAGACUGAUGUUGGGUACCACUCUGUAUAUUUUAGCUUUUGUAUGUUUUGAUACUAGUACCAAAGUUACCUAUGUAUCAUCUAUCAUCUAUCUAUCUAUCUAUCUAUCUAUCUAUCUAUCUAUCUAUCUAUCAUCUAUCUAUCAUCUGUCUAUCUCAUCAUCAUCUAUCUAUUAAUAAUAUUAUUAUUUAUUAUUUAAUAUUAUUAUUUAUAAAAUGUCAAACAUUAAAACACUGAAUAUAUUACAAACAUUUAAUAUGAAAGGGUCAGGGGGGAAAUAGAGAUGCUGCCUCAGAUAACAAAAGGUUCAAAGUAGAAAGGCUUUCCAUGGGUACUAAGGAAAGAGGUGAGAAGUGACCAUACGAAACAGGAAAUGUUUGAAAUGUAGAUUUCCCAAACAUUCUGACACCUCUGUAAUAGAAAAAAACAAAUCGCAUUUGUGUCCACAGAAAUAUUAGCUCUCUGACUGAGAAUUAUUAUAUGUCACUUAAUGCAGAAAGUCAAAUUUGGACUUUACAUUGCAGUAUCAGUGUCACUUUUAGUGUUGGCUCUUUAUAGGAGAGGGGAAUGAACAGAAAAACCACAACUUGCCAUUAUCUAUCUAUCUAUCUAUCUAUCUAUCUAACAAAAUAUAUACAUUUCUUGAAUUAUUAUUUUUAAAUCAGAGCAGUAUACAAAAGAAAAACCAGUAAAAUUAAAACCUCACAACCAUACUUUAAAACACAGAGAAGUUAAACUACUAAAACAGAUUAGAAACAUCUCAACUUUAUAAGCAUCUGGGUAGGCUUGUAUAAAAAUGAAUUUUUCAGCAGAUGCCAAAAAUUCAGUAUUUAUUGAAUGUGAGAACUAUGGCAGGUGUUUGGCACUUUUAGUACACGCAGGGUUGCAUCCAAUACGAUUAUAUUUAGAGUAGACCCAUUGAAAUCAGUGCACUAAAUUUAGAAAUGCCAAAACACUUCAGUGGGUCUACUCUGAGUAGGAGUAGCAUUAGAUACCAUCCCAAAUCUUUGAUUAUGAAUCCAGUCCAAGCGUCAUCUCUGAAAAGUGAGCUGUGAGGAAAGUGGCCCUCAAACUUCUCAAAAUGCCACCAGGUGCUCUCUCUUGGAAGAACUGUGAUUCAUGCCUAUCGCGGGAAUUUAUUCACCUUUUCCUGUUGUUUAAGAUCAUUUUUAUGUCUAUGACAGCAAUGGAGAUUAGGAGAUCUCUGAUGACAGAGACACCUUGCCCAAGACUGUUUGCUUUGGUUCUCUAGAAGCCCUGCCACUUCACUCCUGUGACAUUUCAGAACUUCAUUUCCAAAUCCAACAUUUCACACACACAUUUAAUCAGUGGCUAUAGGUUAUUUUCCAGGCUAGCAUUUCAAAGUAAGACAGUAGAGGUAAAGCCAUUCAGUCCACAUAAGUAAGGAAGCCUGAAAGCAGGAAGUUUGGCUCAUCUUACUAGCUGUUAACAGAAACAUUAAGGUCCCUUUGUGACAUUCAGGAGAAGCCACAAAAGAAACAACUUGUGCCUGGUUUGUGCCCAGUCAGACAGGUGUGCAUUCUCCCCUGCUGAGUCUCUCCAUCUCUCUCUCUCUUGCCACAUCAACUUUAGAUUAAAGUUGAGGAAAGGGGAAAACAGUAAUAAACAAAGCAUUUCUAUAGUAUGGACUAGACUCUAGUCCAUGUAGUCAACAGCAAUGGAGAUUAGGAGAUCUCUGCUGACAGAGACACCUUGCCCAAGACUAUUUGCUUUGGUUCUCUAGAAGCCCUGCCACUUCACUCCCGUGACAUUUCAGAACUUCAUUUCCAAAUCCAACAUUUCACACACACAUUUAAUCAGUGGCUAUAGGUUAUUUUCCAGGCUAGCAUUUCAAAGUAGUCAACAUGGUGACUCCAAAUGUUCAUGGAUUGCAACUCUCAUCAACCCCAAUGAGCAUGGCCAAUAAUCAAGAGGUGAUGGGAACUGAAAUACAGCAAUAUCUGAGGUGUGAUGGAGGCAGGGACCUCAUUAGAUACCAGCGUUGCAGACACUGUAAUUGCAGAAGUGAUGUAUUUUCUCCCACCAGACUCUUUAUCUUCAUAGUUUCUAAAAUGGAAUGCCAUUUUUAAUCGGAAAGCCUCUAUCCUAAUUUCCAUCCAUUGACAAUGGUAACAUGCAUAAGUCUGGCUGAUCCAAAACGUAUUUUUAAAAAAUAAAUAAGCUUGGUUCUAUAUGACUGUGAUCUAUUCCAAUUACAAUCAGUUCGUCAAAAUCAAAUUUGAAAAACAACACACCAUUGACUUAAGGCUGUGUACACACUUCUGUUUUCUCUGUAUCCAGUGCAUCCUCCCUUCUAGUUUGGAAGACGGUUAUAUAUGGGACAUUAUCCACAAUCUGUAUCUAUCCUGUAACUAUCCUGUCAUUUAUUUUUAUUUAAUUCACAAAAUUUCUACACUGCUCAACUGUAAAUGAAAAAUAAAUAAAAAACUCAAACUCAAAACAGUUUACAGGGGGGUGGGACUAUAAAACUAUUGGUUAAAAACAGUUUAAAACAACAAUUUAAACUUCCCCCCCAAAAAAUCAGCAGUAAACUAAAAACAUAUUAAAGAACACAGCACUGGAAAUACUGUGUUUUGCUGUGGUUUUCGCCUGAACAGCUUUGAUCCAAUUUGAGAAAAACCACAACCUAGCUGCAUUUUAAGCCAGUAAUGCAUACGCAGCCUAGAUGAGGAAUAUAACUGUUUUCUUUUUCUUCAUUUUUACAGCCACUUUCAUGGUUUUGGUCUAACAGAUACCUAAAUUUAGCUAAGGCUCUGAUCCAAUAUGGAUAAAAUAAAGUUUCCCUCUGCCUUUGAUUCUGGUUCUGAUUUGGGCAUCUUUAUGGCUCAUCCUCAGCCAUAGCUGCUCCCUUAACUUCCCUGCAGCUGUGUGGAAUAAUGGUGCCAGCACAGAGCAGGCAGGAAAAUGUGUGUGCUGUCUGAAAUCCCAGUGGGAGCAAUGUUGUUGUGAGUUUCCAUGCCCACGCCAUGCCUGCUGCUUUAUCAGUCAUGGUUAAGAGUCAGUCUGUUUAUAUAGCACAUUUUCCACAGAUACAUUCUGCUCAAAACAGUUCACAGAAGUCAAGUGCAUUAGCAACAGCAAAUAAAACGGAUGCGCUGUGA